CUCGUCUCAAGAACAAUCAAUCAGUGAUUGUUGUCCGACUUCGCCUUCGAAGUGCCUAAAUCAAAGUACCAUUAGGGACUACAAGCCAGCUUUAUUUGUAUAGACCACUGAUAUCAACGAAAUCGCUUAGAAUCUUGUGCCACCGUCUCCUCACCGAGCGUUCUCCCGGCCCCAAUCUGGUUUGUAUCCACAAAGAGGCGCUCAUACUUCUCCCACACACGCGCGCUACAAGCACGAUAUUUGUAGGUUAACGACAACGAAGAAGUUGUGGGGUGACUUUGCGGAUGCUCGUCGGUUUACUCUCGCAUUCGCAGGCGAGUCCCUUAUGAUAGAUAGCCUAUUUCCACGGAAGGAAUGAGCAAGAAUGCCUUUAUAUGCGGUCGGAUGGGAGCUGCUUCAUCCUCAUACUAAAAAUGAGUAGCAGCUCCGCGACUUUGGACCUCACGGUCGGUGCCAUUGUCGUUAGCUCCUUCUUUUCCUUCUUGACUAUGGGUAUCGUUUGCGUCACGGCCUUCUAUUAUGUGGCCAACUUCCCAAACGACACACUACCCAUUAAGCUGAUAGUCUUGGCUAACGUUAUCCUUUGUAUCGCUGGAACGAUCACUGACGGAGUAUGGUGUUAUGAUUGGGCGGUGACCAACUAUGGAAAUCCUGCAUCGAUGGCUAUCUUACCAAUUCCCGCCAUCAUUGAAAUAUUCUUUGUCGGGCUCACAUCCCUGCUUGUGCAAUGCUUCUACUCUUGGAGACUAUGGGUGAUCACGCAUAAGCGCAAUCAUUGGCUUCCCGUAGCUAUCUGUAUUCUAUCGGUCACCCAAAUGUCCGUGAUCAUCUGGGUUGUCUCCUACUGGGCAAACCAUCGGCUGAUGACUGAUAUCGGUGGAGUCAUGCCUGUUGCCUACAUUUGGCUGGCUAGUUCUAUAGCUGCAGAUUUGCUGAUUACCGUAGGGAUGAGCUGGUAUCUGAAGUGGAAGCUUCCUUCCAGUAUAUUCUCCUCCACGCUGUUCAAUCAAAUCAUCUCUCGCACUGUUCAAGCCAACGUUCUCUCUCUCAUUAGCCAAGUCCUAACUUUUGCAUUCUACAAAGCCGACAUCGGUCUUUAUUUCUUCCUCGUUGACUUUACAAUUGUCAAGGUGUACACAUUUUCGCUUCUUUGUUCAUUGAAUGGUCGCGAAAGAAAUGCUGCCGUUCAGACCCGGCCAAGGGCUGAUUCGGAAGUUCUGACGCUCGGGAUUAUGGCCGCAGGUACUACGAGCAGGGCGUCUCCUACUAUGCAUUGGCCGAUCAAGAAGGAUGACUCAAGUGUUGGAGAGUGCUGAUACGAAGGGGCUAUGAAUAUAGCUGACAGGACUACCAUUACGAGCGUGCCCUCGAACUGGAUUUGUGUCGAGGAUUCUUCCAUGUAUGAGUUUCUCGCGUACAGAGGUACCGCACUGUAACAUAGGGUUGAGAGGGUACAGGAAAUGGAAAAUUACAUGUAUACUUGAAAGUUCAGCAGACUUGGAAACGUGCCUGUACCAGGAAUCUUCCAAGUAAUUACCGCGCCACAGGUCGGUCGGUGUAUGAGC